CGCAGAGGAUUCACCAGCAUGCUUUCGUGCACUCCAAUGACCAAAAUGGCGUUCUUCCUGGUCCUCCGGCUGCUCAGCAUCAGAGCCUACGCCAGCGCAUACUGUCCCGGCUGUGCGGCACCACGGCCUCCGGCGCUACUUCAGCUGCGGACGCGGGAGGUGCUUCACCGGAAGGACUGGAUGCUUUUGGAGCAUGUGGCAGGCAAUUGCCUCGAGGCGUCAGCAGAAGCGCACAACGGCAUUCGACCAAGCUUGCAGCCCUGUGACUCGCAAAAAGACUUGCAGAAGUGGGUCUACAACGAGGACUCUGGGCUCUUCAAGCACUUGCAUGGCAAAUGCCUCGACGCUUCUGCGAGAGAUGUCAACGACGGCCUCAUCCAUAUGUGGGACUGUGAUUCCAGCAACAAAAAUCAGAUGUGGGAUUGGACAGAGACACGAAAGUUGGUGAAGAACCGCUAUGGUCGUUGUAUGGAUGCCCCUGACCCUUCCGUGCCUGGCAGCGGUGUCCACAUGUGGAAGUGUGACCAGAAGCUGACUAACCAGCAGUGGAACUUGGUGACGGCGGAUUCUGUGAGCACGAGUUACAGUUCUAGCAGCACCACAGAGGGGCUCAGCACCAGCACCACCACGACGCCCACACCGUUGAGCGCGGUCCGAAACUGCCAGCUGGAGCCCUUGGUGGAAGGCUCUGGGUGCAAGCGCUUGGCACUGCUGGAGGAGUCAACCUUUGGGGUUGGAGAGAACGGUCAGGAGACGGAAGGUCGACACCGGUGUUUGGAACAGAUGCGGAGCUACCCUGAGGCUGAUAGCUUCGUGCAUGCUUUGGGUCGAUGCGAGAUUUGGCAGUGCGGCACCCGGGCGCGCCUGCAGAUGUCGGCUGGGCCAGGAGGAGCCUUGUCAUCGUCGCCCGACGCCAUCGCCUUGAUCGCGUCCGAUGGGAGCUAUGUGAUGGCCGAUGAGGCUGGUGAGAUGCAUUUAUCGGAGGCAUUUCUCCCUGAAGCCGUCUUUGACCUGAAGGAGGUGGAGAAAGGUGUCACCUUGAAGGCCAAAGCCACAGGGAAAUUCCUGAAAGCCGAGCCUGGAGGCCAUUUGAGGGCCGUCACCGAGCGGUGGGACGACUGGGAAAUUUUCCAGUUGGAGCAGUUGGACGACGGAAUUUCAGUGGCCUUGAAGAGCUUUCAUGGCCCGUACAUGGCACGUCAAGGGACUUCCGUCGCUGCCAACGCCUGGCAGAAGGGACCCGAGGCAGCCUUCCGAAUUGAGAAUCGCUCCCGCGCUGCCUGGACAGGGAGUGGUCAACAAUUCAUGAAGACUAUGUCCAGCACUGGCCAACUGGCAUGUGCUUGGCCCUCAGCUUCGGCCGCCGUCCGUUGCUGUGCAAACGGCUCCAUCGCAAGAGACGCGAGCGGCUGCCAGAACCGGAAGAAUUUCACAGAAGCAGUGAGCAUUUGUGCACAGCGGGGGCUGACCCUUUGCACGGAAGAGCAGCUCCAGUCCGAGGAGUGUGGAAGUUGCGCGCUGCCCGGGGAACAGGGGCAAUUCUGGACCUCCUCCGUGUGCUCUCCCACGGAAGCGUUGACGUUGCGGCGCCUGAACUUGCGAAACGACCGGGCUGCUGUUUUCAGUCACCUUUGUCCAUACCAGUCUGCCAAGGGCGGUUUGCAUGGCGAAGAGCUUCGCUCCACAGUCCUGGUGAAGCUCAUGGAGUGGAACUACAAGGAUGUGGCCAAAGAAUGUACAGAGUAUUUGGCGCCGAAUGGCUUUGAGGCGGUCCAGGUCGCACCAGUCACCGAGCAUAUCCUGGGAUAUCAAUGGUGGGUGAAGUACCAGCCGGUCUCGGCUGGCCUCGACUCACGCAGCGGCACAGAGGAGGAGCUGAGAGCCAUGGUGCGCACCUGCCGUGCGGCAGGUGUGCAGGUCAUUGUAGACAUCCUCAUGAACCACGUGGCUUCGCCCUGCAAGAAGGCCGAGGACCUGUACAAGUCUGGUCAGCACGAAGGAGAUGACAUGCCGUGCACCGGCUGGGGUGGCAGCAAGUUCGGGAACCGCUUGACGAAGGGCGCCCGUGCAUGGGACGCUGUUCGUCCAGAGCAUUUCCAUCACAAACCAGAUAAUAUGCUGGAGCCGAUGUGCAAGGUGGGCCCUCAGACGGGAUGGCUUUGCCCAAACGACGAUUGCACGCCCUGUGACAUGUACAAGCUACCGGACCUCAACACAGAGUUGCAGGAAGUCCGGGAUAAGCAGUUCAAGCAUUUGGAGGAGCUGUACCACAUUGGAAUCACAGGGCUCAGGGUAGAUGCGGCCAUCUAUCAUCACGUCUACGAGCUCGCGGACAUGUUGAAUCGGCUGCCUUGGGACCUGGUCUACCAAGAGUGGUGGGGCGAAUAUCCCCCGCACGACCGGACGGAGCAUGUGGGGCUCUACCGUGACGUGGCCUAUCGCUGGCACGUGGUGAACCGGGUCUCCAACCGCAACGCCACCGAGCUUCACGAGCUCCUGGAUCUCUCCGGGGGCGUCUUCGGCAUCAGCGAGGACAUGGCGGUGUACCCCUUUGCCUACCACGAUGGGCGGAGCAAAGAUGCUGAUCCGGAGAUCGCCACAUACAAAAAUGGGCUGGCGUUUCACCAGCAGCAGAAGUUCUUCUUGUCCUGGAUCGUGGGAAGCUCGGUGCUCAUCUGGGGUGGCUACGGCUGGCGCGACUUGAGCCACGGACCUCCUGGCUGCGACCGGGCAGAUGGAAACCACUGCUCACCGAUGAGAGUCUAUGAUGAUGAGGGUCGAGACCCUCAUUGCAUGCCAGCACCCACGCAAUCACCCAUGCCACGAUUGGAAGCCCGACAGCGCCGCUGGGUGUGCGAGCAUCGUUGGCCGGGCGUCAGCGGCAUGGUCCACUUUCGGAAGAGCUGCCGGAGACAUCCGCUCACCCAGACCUGGCGCCAUGGCGAGGGCGUGGCCCUGGGGCGCUUGGCCUGGCGCUUGGGUGAAGACUGUUUCGUGGCCUUGGUCCGUGGUCGGCGACCCGGGGAACUGGACCAGGAAGAGGUGGUGGGUGUUGGUGGGCCCUGGGACCUGAAGGGUCUGCAGAUUGGCUUGCCUUCGGGCCGUUACUGCGACCUCUCUUCGCUGGAGACCCAGAACGGCUGGACAGAGAGCAGGCCCUGUCCAAGGACCGUUACGGUGAGUGACGGCAUCAUCCAGGAGGGCUUGGUGACUGAGGGCGAGAUCUUGGCAAUCCACACUGGUGCAAAAGCACCCACGGCGUUGGUGGCAACCGCAUGAGGUGCGGAUGUUGUGAAAGUGAAGGCUUACAAGACUCAGCUUGUUGCUUCAAAGCUCAAUCAAGUCUUGCCAGAGAUGGUUUUGGUGCGGCCAGGGAGAGGUGUACAGUCUAGAGUUCACGAUCGGUUCCCAAACAGGAGUGAUGGCGA